AUGGCACCAACAGCAGCAGCGCAGGGUGGUGGUACCACUUCCAUGUUUCAGGAGUGGUUACAGCACUUAUCGAGUAAUGGGAAAUUGAAUGCCAAUGAGAACAUUACAGAACAACUGAAGGAAAAUUUAAUGACAACAUGGGCUGAUUUGCAGAGUAGGUUGAAGGCUACUGAGCCACAGGAAGUGAAGGAACUCUGUGCGAAGGUGGGGAAACUUGUGAAUCAUGGUGGAAAUGAGAAGGAUCAUUAUUUGAAGAAUAUAUGCAAAGCUAUAGUCAUAAUAAAAUAUUUCAUAAGUGGUGUGGAUGCAAAGUGGGAUGCGGGGAAGGAUAGCAUAAGGAAGGAAGUUCUUACUACAGAAAAAGCUUAUCCACGUUGUAUUGUUGGUGCCGUUGCCAUGUCCGAACUGUACGGAGAUCAUUGCAAACUGAAGGAAGUUAUAGAGGAAAUUGAAUCAGCCGUGAAUGACAAAUUGGAGGAUCACUUGAAGAAGGACGGAAAGAACCUUCAGGACCAACUGAAUAAUUGUACUGGAGUGGACCUUAACGCUUUACUUAUUGGUAAAGCAAUUCUUGGGGACACUAUUAAAAAUUGGAAACAAGAAGAAAGAGUUAAAGGAAAGCAGGGGAAUGGAGAGUGGAAGGCGUGGGUGCCUUGGGUGUAUUGGCAAAUUGUCUGCGGUUCGGAGAAGGACCAUACGAAAUUGCAACAGCAGAAGGAAAAGAAUAAAGAAGUCUUAACGGAAUUUUCCGGAAUGGACAAAGCAAACACUGAAUUAAUGAACGAAUUAAUGAGUGAAAAGGAGAUAUUAACACUCGAAGAUGUGCGGAAGGUAUUGGAGACAUCUAUUGAGAAUGGGAAACCCCUUGAAGUUACCAAUUUAAUGAAUAAAUUAGAUGGGACCAUCAAACAGAAGCAAGCUGAAGUAUGCAUGAAGCAAGAUGGCAACAGUUUAUGUGAUCGCCUAAAAUGUGCAAAGGAUCAUUGGAAAUUGACGGAUGGAAAGGGACAACCGGAGAAGGAUUUCUGGAACAACAGCGUCCAGGUGAAGCUGACGAGUCUCUUCUCUGAUGCGAUUACUAGUAGUAUUGGCACCCCUGCUAACCAUUGCGACAACGCGCAAGACUUAGAUACUGCAAAUAAAGCAGCAUGCAAUCACAUUACAGCAUUGUUGAGCAAGAUGAACACAACCACAAAUGGCACUAACCAAUUGUCUGAACAAAUUAUAAAAUGUGCUUUGUUAAAUGCUUAUGCUAAAAAAUUAAAAGACGAAGCAAAAGAAAAAGGGUAUUGUGACAUAGACAAGGGGCUACAAGAGGCUUUUAGUAAAAGUAGUACCAUCAUGCAAAGUGCAUCAUCUCAAUGCAAUAAAGAUACUAAUGGUCCUAAUUCCUGUUUUCAAUGUAAUUGGAACAAUAAUGACGAGCUUAAAAAUUGCCGCAUUGACAAUGGCUCCAGCCCAAAGGAGGAAGUAAAGGAAAAAGUGGAAUUAUUGCUCAAAGACAACCCCCAAACGAAGCAGGAACAAAUACAACAAACCGUGACUGAGAUGCAUAAUAAAAGUACUUUAUGUGAACGAGUAAAAUGUGCAUUGAAUUGGUAUGAGAAGAAGAAUGGACACACUGAAAUGUGGAAGAAAGUGGAGGAGGAAGUUGUCCAGCCGCUCGGCCAGGCCAUGUCUAGUACAGCCGCAUAUGGGGGCACACACUGCGAUCACUUGGACAACAAGAACAAAGAAAUGUGUCUCCUCUUUGCAAAAGGAUUACACCACAUGUACAAGGAAACAAAUGAUAGCGGCAAUGAUGCUACGAAGUUGUUUAAACGAACUAUGAUGUGUGCAGCACUAAAUGCGUACGCCAAAAAAUUGAAAGAUGAUGCAGCGCGGAAGAACGGAAAGGGGAGCUGUGACAUAAGUGGGGGCAUAGAUCACGCUUUUGGUAAAGGUAAAGACAUUAUGGGGAGUGCGGCAGCUCAAUGCCAAACUGGUAAUAGUGCUCACUGCUUUGAGUGUACACAGGACCAAAGCCUUGAAAAUUGCUCCAUUAACACAUCUGGUGGCGAAACUCAGGAAGUGAAGGACAAAUUGACGACAUUUCUGAACGAAGAAGACACUGGACUGAAGGAAUCUUUGGACAAAAUAUGUUUACCAUGUCUAGAUAAGGAGAACCUAUGUGAGCGUGCAGAAUGUGUUAUAGGGAGAUGGAAGGCAAAUGGGAACAGCCAUCCUACAAGUGACCCAUGGGAUGAUGUCAAAAAUGAAUUGAAGAGCCUUUCUGAGGAGAUACAAACGAAUAAGGGCAGUGUCUCCAACCACUGUACGGACCUCGAUGGAGAUAAUAAAGAAGCAUGUUUGCUUAUUGCUUCAGGAUUAAAGAGUAUUUAUGAAAUUAAGGCAGGUCAGGGUACGGGGAAGACCACGAGGAAGGAGUUAGAGGACCAAUUAUUUAAACGUACCAUGCGCUGUGUUUUAUUAAAUGCUUUUGCUGAUAAAUUAGAAAAACUUCCAUGUGCAGACGAAAAGAAUGUAAAGGACGCAAUAACCAAGGCAUUUAAUGAUAAAAAUAAAGACAUUAAGAAUGCAAGUGAUGUGUGCAAGAAUGAUGGUGAUAAAUGUUUUAAGUGUGAGAGGUAUGAGAGUCUCGCCAGUUGCCUAAUUGGCGAGAACAGUAACAAGGAAAAAGUAAAAGGAAAAGUAGAACCCAUGCUAGAGAAAUAUGAUACACUCAAGAAAGAAUCUCUGGAGAAGACCAUAUCAGUCCUACAUGCCAUGACGACAAAUCAGACCGCCUUCGCGGACCAUUGCAAGAACAACAACUGGAAGGAUGGCGACGCCGCAGGCGAAGCCAAUAAAACCGCCUGCAAGCUUGUUGCAGCAGGGCUGGAACAUAUAUCUAAAAUUCAGCAUGAAUAUAGCACUAAGACGGGGCAACCUGAUAAAAAUGAAAACCCCUAUGAUAACCAAGAGUUUAAACAAUUAGUUUCUUGUUUAAUGUUGAAGGCAGUUGCACAAAAAAUGAAAGAAGACAGCAAAAUUUGCGACAUAGACCAAGGGAUUAGGGCCGCCUUUGGAAAGGCAGACGCCAUUAAGGGGAAACAUUGCCAGAAUGGUAAACCUUGUACUGUUUGUAAUUGGGCGGAAAAAUAUGAUGAUUGCUACUUGGACACUGCAAAGGAGGACCAAGUGAAGCCAAAAUUGGAAGCAUUGCUCGACGAGAAGAAGACCGAAGUCGAGGGUGCCCUCAUGGACAUAACUAAAACAGCAGGAAACAAUAGUUCUACUUUAUGUCUCCGUUUACAAUGUCUAGCUCCUCGAGUUCAGGCAUCCAGCUCUGCGAAUACAUUUUGGACGAAGGAAGGCGAAGUAGGAGAACUAUGGAACGUACUAUCCACAGCAAUGAAGGCAAAUAAGAACAACGAAGCACAAUGUAAUACCAUGGAUAAUGACAACAGAGAGGCAACCAACCCUGAAAAGAAGGCAUGCAAUUAUUUGCAUGCCGCCUUAAAGAAACUGUAUGAGACGACGACGCCGGCGACGCCGUCGGCGUCGUCGUCAGGAACCAUAAGCCUGAAUGACAACCCACCGUUGAAACAAACAGUGGGUUGUUUAUUACUUCACGCUUAUGCAAAGAAAAUGAAAGGCGCCACGUGUUUAGUGGAUUCAGGAAUAAAGAAAGCUUUCGACACUGCUGUUAAAAAUCUUAUUGGUAAUUGCAAUGGUGGCACGGAAUCUUGUGUCCCUUGCCUUUGGAAUGAAGGCAACUAUGACAACUGCGAAAUUACCAAAAAUGGCACCACCGAAGAUCAGACGCCAGUAAAGAACAAAUUAGAACAAGUUAAGGACAAAAUUACCGAAACCUCCACAGAGACCCUAACGAAUAUAAAUGAAAUGAAGAACUUAUGCGAUUACAUUAAAUGUGCCGCACCGAAUUGGUUCAAGAGCAAAAUGACCACAAUGACGAAUGGAAAUAUUACUGCUAACAAGAAUUGGUGUGACUUUUGGAAUGAGGGUGUCCAGGGCGCCCUGAAGACGAUGUUCGAGGAAAUCGAGAAUGAAGGAAGUAAAACAUCAAGCACAUUCCCUAUUAAUGCAAUAUGCCCAAUCUUUGGUGAUGGAAAUCCACAAAGUGUUGAAAGAAAAGCAUGUAAUCACAUCAUAGCAGGGUUACAACACAUUAAAAAGAUUCCAAAUGGUGCUGCUGCCAAGCAGUCUAAUGGUAAAGACAACCAACUGCUUCAUCAAGCAGUUGGUUGUAUUGCUCUUAACCUUUAUGCUGAUCAAAUAAUUACACAAUCGAGUGAGAAAUGUCCCAUUGAUGAGAAAAUAGUACAAAAAAUAUUUGAUGCUUGGAAUGGAAUUAAUAGUACUUCGUGUUCGAACUCUGGUGGUAGUGGUAAUAAUGUCUGUUUUAAGUGUGAAAGACAUCCAAAAUUUAAUGAUUGCGAACUAAGUGUUGCCAGCUCUUUGAUUAGUUCAACAUCACCAUCAUCACCACAAAGUGGAAGUUGUACUUCUGGCGCAGAAAAUAAAAAGGUUCCAGAGAAAAUGACCAAUCUCCUCCAAGACAAUAACACCACCAAAAUGGAAGAAAAAUUGUCCCACAUAAAUAGUAUGACCACCUUCUGUAGUCGUUUACAGUGCGCAGUAAAACAAUACGGCAAAAAAUCGUUAAAGAAGGAAAAUGGAAAAACAACAUCUUGGGAUGAAAUAAAGGUUGUCCUUGAGGGCGAAUUAAAGGAACUUUUAAAAGAAAUGAACGAUGAUCAGAAGCAGACGACUGUUGCCACAUACUGCAACAACGUCAGUUCUUCGUCGAAGAACGACACACCAGGAGAAAUAACUGCAAAGCAAAAAGCUUGUAAGCUUUUUGCUUCAGGUUUAAAACACAUUUCUGAAAUUAAAGACGACAGCAGCAAGGAUGAUGGACCACUUAAAAGAACUAUGAUGUGCGCAGCACUUAAUCUUUAUGCUGAUCAAUUAAUUUCAAAAUCAACAGAACAAUGUCCUCUCGAUAAAAACAAAAUGGAAGAGGCAAUAGAUUACGCUUUUAAGAAUAGUAAUGCCACUAAGAAUAGUGGAAGUUCAUGUACCACUCAGGGUCCUAAUUUUUGUUUUGAAUGCAAAAGGCAAAAAUCUUUUCCCGAUUGCCGAAUUGGCAACAAUCCCAAAGACAAAGUAAAGGAGAGAAUGAACGAACUCCUCGAACAGAACAAAGAUGAAACCAAAAUGGAACAAACACUAGACAAAAUAAAUAGUAAAGACACUUUUUGUACUGAACUCCAAUGUGCAAUCAUAAAGAAAGUAAAGAGCACGGGGAAAAAACUUCAAAAUGGAACAAGACCAUCUUGGAGUGACAUAGACGAGGACGCCAAAGGCGAAUUAUCGAAACUUCUAGGACAUAUGUUGCAGUCUAAAAAGCAGGAGGAAGUUAUCCAAUACUGCAACGACGACAGCAAAUGGAAUACUUUACGCAAUAAAGAAAAACAAACAAAUAAAGCAGCUUGUUUGCUUUUUGCUUCAGGAUUAAAACACAUUUAUAACCAACAUAAAGGCAGUGUUAAGGGCCCUGUUAACGGCCCAUCGUUUGCACAAACGAUGGGUUGUUUAUUUCUUAAAGAAUAUGCAAAACAAUUAAAAGAAUUGGCGAAUAAAGAAAAAAAGUAUAACGUACAUCCUGAUUGUAGCGUAGGUUCGGGCAUAGAACAUGCUUUUAGCAACAGUAAUGCCAUUAUGGAGAGUGUAUUAACUCAAUGCAAAAACAAUGCUAGUAUUAAUGACUGUUUUGUGUGCACACAAAACAAUGAUUAUAAUAAUUGCAAAAUUGGCGAUGACAAUAUUGGAAGUAAAUCUAAAGAGUUGUUCACAGAACCGAACAGCAAAAAACAUAUGCAAGAAACAUUAGAGAAUACAGUUUGUCCCAUCCUUCUUACGGAUAUCCUUACCCCUUUUCUUCCUUUGGCUCCUGUCUCCAUUGGCCUUUCUGCUAUGGCUUAUUACCUUUGGAAGUAUUUUGGUCCUCUUGGUAAAGGAGGACGACGUUUCAGAAGAUCUCCUGCUCAAGCAUCUCGUCCAUCGGUACAAGAACAAGUCCUCGAUCAUGUGGAAGAAGCUGGUCCACAUGAAUAUCGAUUGGUGAAGGAACGAAAACCUCGUUCUGCUCCAACAAGAACAAAACGUUCUGGUGGUGUGAAUCGUCGAACGAUUAUUGAAAUUCAUUUUGAAGUGUUGGAUGAAUGUCAAAAAGGGGACACACAAUUGAACCAGAAGGAUUUUCUGGAACUUUUGAUUCAAGAGUUCAUGGGAUCCGAAUUAAUGGAAGAAGAACAGGUUCCUAAGGAAGAGGUUCUUAUGGAAAGUGUUCCAAUGGAACGUGUUCCAAAUUUAGGUUCCGGGUUUAUGGUUUAA